AGCAACCUUGGUCUUAUGUCUGCCAGGGAAAAGCAAAAAGGGAAGAUUCAAAGCGAGUACGCGUCGGUUUAUGGUUUCAUAAUCAUUUCAUUAACCCAACCCCUUCUUCACGCUUUCUCUUCUCCACAAUUACACCACUAUCUCUAGUUGUUUUUUUCUCCACCUUCUCAGGUGACCUUGGAAGUGGUUUCAUUGGAAGCAAUUGUUACCAUUGGAUAUUUGAAGCUAUUUGUACGUCAUUUAGUCAUGCCUUGUUUUCCUUUCUUAUUCUGUAAGGUGUCUUCUUCAGCAAAACAAGAACAAGAAACUGAUGAAGAUAUUUCAGGCAUUCAUAAUGUUAGGCUCUACACCUACAAAGAACUAAGAAAUGCCACUGAGGAAUUUAGUCCGGCCAAUAAAAUUGGAGAGGGUGGUUUUGGCUCUGUUUACAAGGGACGGCUUAAAAAUGGAAAAUAUGCUGCAAUAAAAGUUCUUGCACCUGAAUCAAGGCAAGGGGUGAAGGAGUUCUUGACAGAGAUUAAUGUGAUCUCAGAGAUAGAGCAUGAAAAUUUGGUCAAGUUAUAUGGUUGUUGUGUGGAAAAGAAUAACAGAAUAUUAGUCUACAAUUACCUUGAGAAUAACAGCCUUGCACAAACUCUUCUAGGAGGUCACCAUAGUAGUCUGUACUUUGAUUGGCAAACACGGUGUAGAAUAUGCAUUGGUGUUGCACGUGGGCUUGCCUUCCUUCAUGAAGAAGUAAGGCCUCAUAUUGUUCAUAGGGAUAUAAAAGCAAGCAAUAUCCUCCUUGACAAAGAUCUUACACCCAAGAUUUCAGAUUUUGGACUUGCAAAGCUUAUUCCAGCAAACAUGACUCACGUCAGCACACGUGUAGCAGGAACAAUAGGCUAUUUGGCACCAGAGUAUGCAAUAGGGGGGAGGCUGACACGGAAAGCAGACAUUUACAGCUUUGGUGUCCUUCUUGUGGAGAUAGUCAGUGGAAGAUGUAACACGAAUUCACGACUACCAAUAGAAGAACAAUUUAUUCUAGAGAGGACAUGGCAUCUUUAUGAGCGAAAGGAAUUGGUAGAGCUGGUGGACACAUCACUAAACGGAGAAUUUGAUGCCGAGCAGGCCUGUAUGUUUCUAAAGAUUGGCCUUCUUUGCACUCAGGACUCUCCAAAGCUCCGGCCAUCAAUGUCUUCUGUGGUCAAGAUGCUCACUGGAAAAAUGGAUGUUGAUUACUCUAAGAUAACAAAACCUGCCUUAAUUUCUGAUUUUAUGGACCUCAAAGUUAGAAGUAAACAAGAAAGUUAUACUGAUACAAAGAAUUUAUCUACAUACAAUACAUCAUCCUCCUCAGACAACCACGAUACUACCAUGUCAUCCACUGUAACUACAACCUUCACUGCAAAAUAUGAUCAAAGCAUGUAAACAUCAAUCAGUAAUGAUUUGUCUUUUAAUUGAAAAAUCAUUUCAUUUACUUAGGCAUGAAUCUCUCAUGUACGUUUUGCAACCUUUUCAUUCUUCUUGAGUGUUGUUUUUGUCCUUGGAUGUAGCCUAGCCCUGCAUAACUAGGAAGUUGUUAUACAUGUUCUGUAAAUAUGAGCCGGCUUGUAUUUAAUGAUCAAUUUGGAUUUAUUUUUUU